GGCUGACGACCUGUUAUCAAAAUAAUAAGAAAUUGUUCUCUUUUAUAAUGAAAUAAAUUAGUUUGAAAAACAAUAUAUCAACAAGUAUAUGACUAAAAGAAUCUGUGAAUGUUUAUUAUGAUUUCCCAGUUCAAUCGUAUUUCCUUUAUCUUUGAGCGUUUACCUUUUACCAAGGAACAAUUGCAAUGCAAAUAUAUUGCUUUUCAAGUUUAGGUUCUUACUUAUUGUUUUUGAAUGACGUGUAAAUGUUUCCGACGGUAGACACUGAAGAAAACAUUGUCCAAGUAGCAUCGCAGAGUAACACAUCUAGUCCAUCCAAACAUGCCCAAAGACCAUCAGAGAGUUCUGAAGGCGCCAAACAGCAUAAUAAUAAAGAAUCAGUCACAAUGUUGAUUAAAGAAAUGGUAUUUUUUGCCGCUUUAGCGUUAACGACAUAUGGUGCUCUUCAUAAUUCGCCUUCUAAGAUUUCAAAGCAUCCCAAAGCUACAAAGUUCUUUAGUUCGGAUUCACUAGUGACAGAUUGGCAUAAAGGGCAGCUCACUAAUGCCCAUGCCACCAUUAACCAUGUUGACUUGUCCUUUGUUAUGUACUAUGCUCCUUGGGAUGCGGAGUCUCAGUAUGUUAGGGGGCAAUUUGAAGAGGCUGCAAUGGUAUUAAGUGAUCGCGUUCACUUCUCAGCUAUCAACUGUUGGAAUCCGGGAAGUGAAUGUAGGCUCCAGCACAAUAAAAUUCCUUCAUGGCCAAUUUUAAUAGCUUACACUAGUACCUCGAGAGGUGUUCUUUAUAAAGGUCCAAGAGAUUCUCAUAGUAUGGUUAGGUUCCUGGAGCUAGUAAUGAAACCUUUAGAAAGGAUCUCAACAACUGAAGAUCUUGUUCAACUGUUGUCUAUCUGUGAUGCUGUAGCUGUAGGAUACACGCCCAUAACCGAUACCUCUCGCCACUACAACACUUGGUACCACGUGGCGGUGAAGAUCCGCGAGUUUGACUUCAUCGGCGAGGUGUGCUUCGGAGUCGUCACCUCUGAAAACCUGGCUGUGGAUCUCGGGGUCAGCAGUGUGCCAAGCGCUAGGCUUAUGCUAUGGAAUGAUACUAAGGAAUACGUACUAGACGAGAACGAUAACACGUGGAACGAGUCUUCCCUAAUAAACUGGGUGCUGGAACAUUUCUCGCAGCCCGUCGGGAGAAUCGUGCCCAUGUGGCGGAAGGCCUUCACCUUCGAGAGAUACGUGGACGGUAGCCCGCUGCUCAUACUGUUUACACCACUCAACCCGUUGUAUGAACAACUACCGUCUUAUUCGUUGCUAAGGGAAGUAGCGAUGGAAUAUUACAACUGCAACCACAACGACACUCUAAACUGGACCUCCGAGCUCGUCAAACUACAACAAGUCCAGCGCCUCAUGUACCAGCAAAAGGACUUCCUCAAGUACUGCGAAAACUACAAAUUCAAGCAGCCUAUAAGAAAAACGAAUCCUCUAUACAAAAAAGAAGUAGUAUCCCACAAUAAUAAGUAUCCUUGGAACAAUAAUACUCAACAGCAGAAAAAUCAAAAGGGGGGAAUGUUCAACUAUUUGUUUAAAGCAGGUUUCGAUAUAUCUAAAGUGGUGGGCGAUGACAAGUCUUACCUUAUGUCUACGCUAGGCUUGGUGGAAGAGUGCUCGGUGCCUGUUAUGCCGGCGGAGAAACGUUUCUAUGAGAAUUAUGAACAGUGCCAAUUUGCGGAAAAUGAGAAGCUUGAAAAUGAACCAUUUUUGGAAGAGGAAGAACUGCGAACCACAAUGCUACCAUUCGAAGACGACGCGCUUUCCCCUGAAAACCUCAUCCAAGAAAACGUGAAGCAUUUCUGCAAACUCAUGAGAUUCGCCAACACCUGGGGCUCGCCCGUGCACCCCCAGCGAGCGGCCAACGUGACGCAUAUACACGGCCUUGCUUGCUCGCAGAAUUCUAGUCUUAACAUGUUAGCUGUGGAUAGUGUCAGGAAUCACCACUUUGCGGAGUUCCUUGGAAUAGAUAUAAAUAGCAAGAAAGAUAAAACGGCGGUUGUCAUAUUGGAUAGCAAGCACGAAAGCCAGUACCUAUUGUCAGAAGAAUACUCAGCCAAAUCCCUAAGAGAUUUCAUCUUCAACUUCACUCAAAAGAGCUUGAAGCGUUCGCUCCGCACGUUAGUCGACGAUGCGGAGCGCACGCACUACUUCGGGUCAAACGGCCAAGUGGAGCAGAUGGGUAUAGAUGAGCACACUGUGCAUGUAUUGGAGCUUACUACGCAUAGUUUUAGGAGGCUUGUGAGGAAACCGGAGAUGUUAACAAUAGUGGCGGUAUGCGGCGGGUUAUGCAGCGCGGUAACGACGCACGCGUCGCUGGAAGCCGCGCGGCUGCUGACGGCGUGCGGCGUGCGCGCGCGCGGCGCGACUCGAUGCGCUGCGGCACGACCUCGCCUGGCACUACACCGCUGUCACCUACCCGUCCAUCUUCGUGUUCUCCCCACACAGUGAGGAAGGUGAGAUGCGGUACCCGCCGACGGCUCGCGUGUCCGGCAGCGGACUGCUGGCGCUUGCGCUGCGCGGGCUGCGAGCGCCGCAGCGCAUGCGUGUACGACUCGCACUCUGCACGAGACACCAGUCCUCUAAAGAAAAGAAGACCUGCCUGAAAGACAUACGCGAACACAUCACAACAGUUAUCGGCAGAAACCUAAAAUACUGGCGCAGGACCGAAAACCGAGAACUCAAAGACGCACUCUUCAAAAGACUACAGUACCUUCAUAGGGUGUCUUUGGAGCUCAGCCUACUUCAUACAUCUGACCUAGGAAACGACCAAAAGGAGCAAUCCAUACUCAACUCACUGACUAACUUGUCAAAACACUGGGACGUUGACGUUUCGAUGUUAAGGAAAAAUGUUGCAACGCCGCAGAAAUUAACUAGUUGAUAUUAGGUUUAUUUUGUAUAUAGUGUACAUUUAUCGAUUUGUAUCUAUGUUGUUUAAUUAUAAAGCCUGAAAGAGCUGAAUAAAAAUGUUACGAUAAA